AUGUCGGUAGUAGAAAAUCCGGCUCCACCACCGAAGAGACGAGGACGACCUCCUAAGAAAGAUCGAAAACUUGCUGCACAUUCGGGAGAAACAUCGCUGUAUGUGUAUAAGAAAGAGGUUAAUGUUAGUGCUGAUGGAGCUCGUCCACACAACAAGCGUGGCAGAAAGUCAAAAGCUGAACUUGCUGCAAUGGCGAGCAGCAAAGAAUCUCAAUCUCCCAAUGACGAAGAGAGCACAUCUAUGUCAUCCCCAUCAUCGGAGAAACGACGUCGUCCAUCAGCUUACUCGUACGCAGAAUAUUCGGAUGCUUCUGAUGGUAGCGACGAUAAAAUGCCCGCCGUAAAAUCCCCUGAAAUGUCACCAAAAACGCCUUCAACAUUUCCUAGUGGGAAGCGCCGUGGAAGACCACCAAAGUCUCAAAAGAAUGUGUAA